AGUAACGCUGUCCCUGGGCCGGGCAGUAACGCUGUCCCUGGGCCGGGCAGUAACGCUGUCCCUGGGCCGGGCAGGUGGCACACACCCCCUGCCCACGGCACGGCCAGAUUGGAGAUCUCUUCAGUGCUUCCUCAGAUGAGAGGAAUUGGGUUUUCCCUUCUCUGGACAUAAUUGUGUUCUGGAUAGAACCAUGAGGAACAUUGUGAUGGGUCGGGAGAGGAAGCCAUUUGAGGAGUACCUGAGGACACUUGGCUUGUUCAGCCUGGAGGAGACUGGAGUCAGACACUAUGGUGGUCUCGGAGCUUCUUCCUGAGGGCCAUGGAGGGGCAGACACUGAUCUCGGCUGUGGUGACCAGUGGUGGCACUCAAGAGAACGGCUGAAGUUGUGUCAGGGGAAGUUUAGGCUGGACAUAAGGAAAAGGUUCUUCCCCAGAGGGCAGUUGGGCACUGAAGAGGCUCCCCAAGGAAGUGAUCACAGCACCAAGCCUGACAGAGCUCAAGGAGUGUUUGACAGGGCUCUCAGACCCAUGGUGGCAUUCUUGGGGCUGUCCUGUGUAGGACCAGGAACUGAACUCGGUGAUUUUGUGAGUUCUUCACAUCUAAGGAUUUUCUGAUUCUGUUUCCUUUUGUUCAGCAACGUUAGUGACAGCAAUGUCAGUAGUGCAGUUGACCAGUCUUGAACAGAUGCCCCACAAAUGCUGUGGUAACUGAUGUGGCCUGUAUGGCAGGACUCCAUAAAGAAAUCUUUAGAAGUUCUAACCAGUAUAGUAUGAAGAUUAUACUGCCACUAAUCAAGACAGGAAGGAAUGCAGCCAAUUAGUAGUUUAUUGGGGGAAGUUAUGCUGAUGGAAAGUUUGUUGACCUUGUGAGGCCUAAAACAUUAAUUAUUAAUAAAUUAAUGUAUUAAACAUUAGUCCAGUUUAAUUACCCUAGAGGGACUAUGUAUAAAUUGUUGAAGCUUUGCCUUGAGGCUUUUCUCAGCUCCAAAGUGUGAAUUACCUCCUGCUGAUCUGAGCCCAGUGAUUCCUGAGACUGUGACAAUUCAAUCACAGCAGUCAAAUAUUAAAUAGCAGUGCUUAAGUGUAUAGCAUGGCAUUUAACAGAUCCCUAAGAAUGGUGAAAUUGGGCCUUUGCUUGCUGCAGGAUCUAAAGGGACAUGAGAGAAACAGAAAAAAAAGAUCAUGCAUAGAAGAACAGUUACAUCCAUGGAUCAUAAACCAUGAAAUAGACCAUAAAAAUGGUAUUACAUAAAUCAUGCUGCUGAUUUUUCCAAGCCUGCUGUUAGGAUUUGCUGCAUAUUGUUCACCUGGAGAGAAUGGCCUGUUGGGAAUUCCUGACUACUUUGGGAAUAUUUCAGAUAUAAUACAGACUGCAAAUCUGAGCUUGAAAAUCAAAUCAGGAUGCCCAGAGGUGAGUGAGCAUGUGGCACACUCCUGUAGCUGGCCACCAUAUGGAGGAGGACUCUCACUAAAGAUCUGGAUUAAACUACCUACGAACUGCUGUAAUUCAAAAAGAAAAUCCAGCUGCCAGAGCAGGAGGUGUGGAGGAGCGGAGAGGCGGCCCCACCAGAGCUGCGGGGUGUGACCCCCCGUGCCCGCGCUGGCUCCGCUGCCCGAGUGACAGCUCGCAGCUCCCGCCGGCUCCUCCAGCGGCAGCUCCUCCCUUCUGGCCAGAUGGACAGCGCAGCUUGGACUUGGGCUCCGGGGGACCCGGCUCGGGGCAGAAAGCAGCCUUUUAUAGCCGGCACGCCGGGCUGCGGCUCACACCUACACACUGCGCUGCCGAGCAGAGCGGCGCUGCCGGACCCGCACCCCCGCCCGUCGCUGCCCAUGGCGCCGCUGCCCCCGCUCCUGCUGCUGCUGCUGCUGCCGGCGGCCGUUUAUAAGGGCACUUUUGGGGAAGGCCAUCUGAGAAACCGCAGAGGAAUUCUGGAGCUGGCUGGAGCCAUCAGAUGCACCACAGGGCGCUCUCCCUUCGCCUACAUGCGCUACGGAUGCUACUGCGGCCUGGGAGGGAAAGGAUGGCCCAAGGACAGAGUAGACUGGUGCUGCUUUCACCACGACUGCUGCUAUGGGAGGGCAGAACAAGCAGGCUGUCAGCCAAAGACUGAAAGUUACCACUGGGAAUGCAAAGACAAUUCUGCUGUGUGUGACUCACUAGAAGAUACAUGUCAAAAAAUGGCAUGUGAAUGUGACCGUGAAGCUGCCAAAUGUUUUUCUAAAGCUCCCUACCAUAGAAAAUACCUUUUGUGGCCAGACUUUAUGUGUGGUGAGAUUCAGCCUUUGUGCAGAUUCACAGAUUUUUCAGAUUGAUCAUAUCAUUUGCUGUGAACUUUUUACCCCCCUCUCCACUGGCUAGAAGAUACAAAUCAAACUUCUCCACCAACAAAUCUUAGCAUUUGUUAACUUUGAACUGGCUGGGAAAAGUUCAUGAAGUGACAGUGUCAGCACAAAGAAUCCUCUCAUCUACAUUAAACACCUACUACAAAGCCUAA